UUCACCUACGAGCCUUCACAGCAAACUUGUAUUUGGGCAAGACAAUUCUUCAUGGAUGCUCCUAAAGAUGGCGCCGCAGCUGUGCUCGCUCAAGGGAAUGUUUACGUGAAAGAUGCCUUCAACAUUUUCCAUGAAAGCGACGAAUGCAAUUCAAAGGAAACCUUCGAGCAGUUGGGUACGUUUUUAGCCGUACGGGAAGGUGAAUUUGCUCAAUCUCAAAAGAACCUCUCACCAGCACAUGACGAAAAUUUCAUUUAUUGCUACGUGGAUUCAAGUAAUGCUUUAAUGGAUACUUGCGAUUAA